AGACACAACAAAAGACACAAAAUGGCUAAAAAAAGUCACACAAUAACAAAAAAGACACAAAAUAUCUAAAAAAAGACACAAAAUGACCAAAAAAGACAAAUAUAGACACAAAAUGACUAAAAAAAAACACAAAAUGACCAAAAAAAAGACACAAAAUGACCAAAAAAGACACAACAAAAGACACAAAAUUACUAAAAAGGACCAAAAAAAGAUACAAAAUGGCAAAAAAAAGUCACAAAAUAUCUAAAAAAAGACACAAAAUGACCAAAAAAGACACAAAAUGACUAAAAAAAGACACAAAAUGACCAAAAAAGGCACAAAAUGACAAAAAAAAGACAAAUAUAGACACAAAAUGACUAAAAAAGACACAAAAUGACCAAAAAAGACACAAAAUUAUCAAAAAAGACACAAAAUGACACAAAAAAAGAUACAAAAAAGACACAAAAUGAAAGGAAUCCAAUCUUAUUCUGUAGUUAUUUAUUUCUCGUCUUGCAGGGUGUAGAUGGGAUCAGACGGCUACAUUAUUUAGUCUGCGCUGGUUCUGAGCGUCUUUAACAGUUGACUAACAAGCAGCAGACUGAAAUAAAUAAAUCCAUUAAAACAUCACAGAGAGAGAGAGAGAUGUGCUGGCCAGAGAGAGAUCUGCUGGUGAGGAAGAUGUGGGCGAGAUAGAGCAGCAGCAGGAGACAGGAGAGGAAAAGAGAACAGGAAAUGUUAGAUUUCCUCUGGAUGUGAGCGCAGUUCUCCACCAACCACACACACACCGGCUCCAGCUCUCUGUCGGGAUAGGGGCUUUUAUUUUGGAAAUCAGCCACUGGAUCAUUCAUUUUCUACUGUUUUUGUGAUUUUGCCAAACAAGGAUUUAAGUUAAGAGUUCAGAGUUACUCUGACUCCUUCCAGCUGCUGAGAUUUACUUUUGAAAGACACUUUGGUGUUUUGUUUGCUAGUUUUAUUAGCUUUAUCAGAGCUGUGGGGUGAUGUAGGAGCUCCUCACUGCUGAACCAGUCACAUCUCAACAUUCUCCACUGGAAGAUCUAAACGCUGAGCCAUGCUGCGCUGUGUGGUUCAGAGAGCCAACAACCUGAGACACUCCAACGCUCUGACCAGCGUCACCUUCAGAGGGUCAAAGAAGAAGACAAAGGUUGUCAAGAACAACUACAACCCUGUUUGGAACGAGGGUUUUGAGUGGGACCUGAAGGGGAUUCCUCUGGACUCUGGAGCAGAGCUGCACUGUGUCGUCAAAGACCAUGAGAAGAUGGGCAGGAACAGGUUUCUGGGGGAAACCCGUCUGGCUCUCAGAGACGUCCUCAACUCUCCAAACCUGGCCGCCACCUUCACCGUCUCCCUGCUGGACACCAAGAGGAACAACACAGGGGCCACUCUGAGCCUGCAGGUCUCCUACGUUGCUCCUCCAGGAGCAGCUCCAGUCUUCCAGCCUCCUGCUCCUCCUGAAGCUCUGACACACAACAACCCCAGCGUGGAGCUCGACACGGUCACAAUGAUCUCUCUGGACACGCUGGGCGAGGAGGACACAGAGAGCAUGAUGAUGCUGGAGCCCACCGAGGACCAGGGCCCCGACGACGGCCGCUCCAUGAUCAUCGUGGGCCCCCAGGGGCCCUCGGGCCACGAGUCUCCCACCGCCCAGACGCCCAAACGCUCCCCGCCCUCCUACAACACCCACGCAGGGCUGAGGAAGAGGAGGAGAGGAGCCAGCAGCCAGCCCAGGCCGCUGGCCAACAAGCCCCAGGACCUGCAGGUGCGUGUUCGUGUCAUCGAGGGCCGACAGUUGCCGGGCAUCAACAUCAAGCCCGUUGUCAAGGUAACGGUAUCCGGGCAGACCAAGAGGACCCGCAUCAGGAAGGGCAACAACCCGUUCUUUGACGAGACUUUCUUCAUGAACUUCUUCGAGACUCCGUCAGAUUUGUUCGAUGAGCCGAUCUUCAUCACGGUGUGUGACUCUCGCUCGCUCAGAACCGACGCUGUGAUCGGAGAAUUCAAGCUGGAUGUUGGAAACGUCUACAACGAGCACAGACACUGCUUCCUGAGGAAGUGGCUUCUGCUGUGUGACCCUGACGACCUCUCCGCUGGGGUCAAAGGUUACCUAAAGGUCAGCCUGAUGGUCCUGGCAGCCGGAGACGAGCCGCCGGCUGAUAAACGAGACUGUGUGGAGGACAAAGAAGACAUUGAAGGGAACCUGCUGAGGCCGGCUGGUCUUUCUCUGAGAGGAGCGACGUUCACCCUGAGGAUCUUCAGAGCUGAAGAUCUGCCUCAGAUGGAUGAUGCCUUCAUGGACGGGAUGAGGCAGAUUCUUGGCUUUGACAGCAACAGGAAGAACCUGGUGGAUCCUCUGGUGGAGAUCCACUUCGCUGGAAAAACUGUCUGCACUAAGAUUCUGGAGAAGAACGCCAAUCCACAGUGGAACCAGAGUCUGACCAUGCCCAUCAGGUUUCCCUCCAUGUGUGAGAAGAUGAGGAUCAGAAUUCUGGACUGGGACCGAGCCAGUCACAACGACGUCAUCGGCACCACCCACCUCUGUAUGUCCAAGAUCUCAGCCCCCGGUGGAGAGAUAGACGAUGACUUGACUCCACGGACCGUCCACUCUGGCAUUGAUGACAGUCUUGGUUUCCUGCCAACGUUCGGCCCGUGUUUCGUCAACCUGUACGGCAGCCCGCGAGAGUUUACCGCCUUCAACGAUCCACAUGAAGCGCUCAACCUCGGAAAAGGGGAGGGUGUGGCGUACCGAGGUCGAGUUUUACUGGAAGUAACGACAAAACUGGCGGACAAGCCGGAGCAGAAAACGGAAGACAUCCCGUCAGACGACCUGCUGGUGGUGGAGAAGUUUCUCCGGAAGAGGAAGUUCUCUCUCUUCGUGGCGUUCUACUCGGCCACGCUGCUGCAGGACGUCGACGACGCCAUCCAGUUCGAGGUCAGCAUCGGUAACUACGGCAACAAGUUCGACUGCACCUGCCUCCCUCUGGCCUCCACCACCCAGUUCAGCCGGGCGGUGUUUGACGGUUGCCACUACUACUACCUCCCCUGGGGAAACAUUAAACCAGUGGUGGUUCUGUCUUCAGAGUGGGAGGACAUCAAGCCGAGGAUCGAGGCGCUCAACAUGCUGCUGGAGAUCAUAGACAGACUGGAGGGGAACCUGCAGCGGGUGCAGCUGGACGUGAAGGCAGGAAGUGAUCUGGAGGAGCUGGAGCUCCGAGUGGUGGAGCUGCUGGACCAGGUCAUCGCUGACUGCAGUGAGGAUCUUCCGUCUCUGGACCAGUGGCAGUGUGCGACGCCUCUCGACCGAUCCUUGAAGCACAUUCGAACUCUCCACCUGCAGCAGAUCGUGGCGGCGGCUCAGGCUCUGAAGUACGGCCCGGCCACCGACCUGUCCACGGUGCUGGAGCAGGCGGAGGACUGGGCCAGCAGGCUGAGGACCAUGGCUGAGGAGCCUCAGAACAGCCUCCCAGACAUCGUGGUCUGGAUGCUGCAGGGCGACCGCCGGGUGGCGUUCCACCGUAUCCCAGCACACACCGUCCUCUUCUCCCAGCAGCACUGUGGGAAACACUGUGGACAGCUGCAGACUGUCUUCCUCAAGACCCCUCAGGGCAGCAGCGGGGCCAAGCUUCCUGGUCAACUGAGAGUUAAAGUCUGGUUCGGAUUGGCUGCUGACGUCAAACACUUCAACCAAUACGCUGAGGGGAAACUGUCCGUCUUCGCUGAGACGUAUGAGAACCAGACCCGUCUGGCCCUGGUGGGCAGCUGGGGAACUACAGGUCUGACCUACCCUAAGUUCAGUGACGUGACUGGGAGAGUGAAGCUCCCCAAAGAGAGCUUCAGACCGUCUCCUGGGUGGACCUGGGCCGGAGACUGGUUCAUCAGCCCCGAGAGGACACUGCUGUUUGACGUGGACGCCGGUCACAUGACCUUCUCAGAGGAAGUGUUUGAGACCCAGAUGAGGUUACCGGGCGGACAGUGGAUCGGCAUGCCGGAGGGCUACACCGACGUGAAUGGGGAGAAGGCGGUGCCUAAGGACGAGGUGGAGGUUCCUCCUGGUUGGGUUUGGGAGGAGGUGGAGUGGAGUGAAGACCUCAACAGAGCCGUGGACGACCAAGGUUGGGAGUACGGCAUCACCAUCCCUCCGGACCGCCGGCCCAAGUCCUGGGUCCCUGCAGAGAAGAUGUACCACACCAACCGGAGACGGAGGUGGAUCCGGAUGAGACGGAGGGACCAGCAGAAGAUGGACGCUCUCAGGAAGCAGCGUCCUGACGAGGCGGAGAGGGAGGGCUGGGAGUACGCCUCCCUGUUCGGGUGGAGGUUCCACCUGAAGCCGAGGAAGACGGACAGCUUCAGGAGGAGGAGGUGGAGGUGUCGCAUGGAGCCGCUGGAGAAGACGGGGCCGGCGGCCAUCUUUGCUCUGGAGUGUUCUCUGAGCAGCAUCGAGGACAAGAACGAGGACAAGUCCGUCACCACCACCUUCGGAGUCAACAGGCCCACCAUCUCCUGCUUCUUCGACCGAGGGACCCGCUACCACCUGCGCUGCUACCUGUACCAGGCCAGAGACCUGCCAGCCAUGGACAAGGACAGCUUCUCAGACUCGUACGCCAUCGUCUCGUUCCUCCAUCAGUCCCAGAAGACGGUGACGGUGAGGAACUCUCUGAACCCGACCUGGGACCAGACGCUCAUCUUCUACGAGGUCGAGAUCUUCGGAGACCCCGAGACCACCACGGCCAACCCGCCCAACGUGGUGGUGGAGCUCUACGACCAGGACUCAUACGGAGCAGACGAGUUCAUGGGUCGCUGCGUCUGUCAGCCGUCGAUGGCCGCCUCGCCGCGGCUCGCCUGGUUCCCCGUUCUCCACGGAGACAAGAGCGCCGGAGAGCUGCUGGCCGCCUUCCAGCUCAUACGCAGAGAAAAGCCAGCAGUGCAUCAUCUUCCAGGUCAAGAGGGAGACGUCUUCACCUCCAGCCACGUCCUCGACGAGUUGAUGUUUCCAGGACUCCUGUCUGAAAACCUGCUGCAGCAAUGGCCGGAGGAGUCAGAUCUUCCUCAUCCUCCUCCUCAGAGAGAAACCAACGUCUUCGUGGUUCCUCAGGGCAUCAAACCUGUUCUACAGAGAACCGCCAUCGAGGUGUUGGCGUGGGGCGUCCGUAACCUGAAGAGCUUCCAGCUGGCCAGCGUCUCCUCCCCCAGCCUGCUGCUGGAGUGUGGAGGAGUCACGGUGCAGAGCGUCGUCAUACGCAGCAUGAAGAAGAAACCCAACUUUGAUGUUAACACACUGAUCCUGGACGUGAGACUUCCCCUGGAGGAGCUCUACAUGCCGCCCAUCGUCAUCAAAGUCAUCGACAACCGCCAGUUCGGCAGGAAGCCGGUGGUCGGCCAGUGCUCCAUCCAGGCGCUGGAGGAGUACCGGAGCAGCCCGGAGGAGGAGCGAACGGCCCAGGAGGAGCAGGAGGAGGAGCAGUGGAGACGUGAGACGCCUCACCUGAUUUCUGGAGAAGUUUUUAUUGACAUCGAUGACGAGGAGCCGCUGGUGCCCGACCAGCUUGCAGACGGAGCCGGCUCAGCUAUCAUUAACCUUUCCACCUCUAGUGACAGCCUCCAUGAGGAGGAGUUCAUGGACUGGUGGAGUAAAUUCUACGCUUCAACGGGAGAGAAGAACAAGUACGGGACGUACCUGGAGAGAGGCUUCGACACGCUGCAGGUGUACCACCAGGAGCUGGAGAAGGUGGAGGGUUUCGAGGGUUUGUCAGAUUUCUGUCAGACGUUCAAGCUGCACAGAGGAAAGAGUGAUGAAGCAGGAGAAGACCCUUCAGUGGUGGGAGAGUUCAAGGGUAUGUUUAGGAUCUACCCCCUCCCUGAGGACUCCUCCAGCCCUGCUCCUCCCAGACACUUCAGGAAGCUUCCUCCCAACGGCAUCGAGGAGUGUCUGGUCCGGGUCUACGUCAUCCAGGCUCAGGGCCUGCAGCCCAAAGACUCCCACGGCAAGUGUGACCCGUACGUGAAGAUCACUUUGGGGAAACAGACCAUCAGCGACCAUGAGAACUACAUCCCUGGUACCCUGGAGCCGGUCUUUGGGAAGAUGUUUGAGCUGAGCUGCUCUCUCCCUGUGGAGAAAGACCUGCGUGUGAUGCUGUACGACCACGACGUUCUGACCAAAGACGAGAAGAUCGGCGAGACGCUGAUCGACCUGGAGAACCGCUUCCUGUCCCGACACGGAGCCAUGGUCGGCCUGCCCAAGUCCUACUGCCUGUCUGGAGUGAACCAGUGGAGGGACCAGCUGAGUCCCAGUCAGCUGCUGCUGCGCCUGUGUGAGAGGAGGAACCUGAAGAAGCCGCUCUACCAGGACGACGUGGUCCACUUCAGAGGAGACCAGUACUCUGCUGCAGACCUCGAGGAGCAGGAGGUGUCCCAGCGUCACCUCGGUCCCCUGAAGGAGCGCCUGUCCCUACUGGUCCUGAGGAGGCUGGGCCUGGUCCCCGAACACGUGGAGACCAGAGCCCUGUACAGCCCCCUGCAGCCCGACAUCCAGCAGGGCCGGCUCAUGAUGUGGGUGGAUCUGUUCCCCAAGUCUCUGGGACCUCCUGGACCCCCGUUCAACGUCACACCACGCAGGGCCAAGAAGUUCUUCCUGCGCUGCAUCAUCUGGAACACCAGUGAUGUCAUCCUGGAUGAUGUCAGCAUCAGCGGCGAGAAGAUGAGCGACAUCUACGUUAAAGGGUGGCUGGACGGACACGAGCACAACAAGCAGAAGACGGACGUCCACUACCGCUCGCUGGGCGGAGACGGGAACUUCAACUACCGCUUCCUGUUCCCCUUCCACUACCUCCCAGCUGAGCAGCUGGUGGUCGUCGACAAGAAGGAACAUUUCUGGAGUUUGGAUAAAUCUGAAACUAAACUGGCUCCUAAACUCACCAUCCAGAUCUGGGACAACGACAAGUUCUCCUUCGACGAUUACCUUGGUCACCUGGUGAUGGACCUGAACCACAUGCUGCGUCCUGCUAAGACUCCAGAGAAAUGUACGCUGCAGCUGCUGGAGCAGCCCACAGACAAACUGGUGUCUCUGUUCGAACAGAAGACGGUUAAAGGAUGGUGGCCAUGUAGCUGUGAACAGAACGGGGACAGGAUCAUCGCUGGGAAGGUGGAGAUGUCUCUGGAGAUCGUGACGGAGUCGGAGCACGAGGAGAGACCAGCAGGAGCAGGAAGAGACGAACCCAACAUGAACCCUCAUCUGGAGGAGCCCCACCGUCCAGAGACCUCCUUCCUGUGGUUCUCGUCCCCCUUUAAGACCCUGAAGUUCAUCCUGUGGAGGCGCUUCAAGUGGUUCAUCAUCCUCUUCAUCAUCCUCUUCUUCAUCCUCCUCUUCCUCGGAGUCUUCCUCUACUCCUUCCCGAACUACGCUGCCAUGAAGAUGGUUGGACCGUUCGGUCCGGCCAAGGCUGCAGAGUGAUGAAGACGAAGAGAGACGAAGAAAAAGAAGAACGAUGUUAGAGUUUGUAACAAAGUGAAAACGAGGCUGAAAUAAUUAUUUUUCAUGUUAGAAACAAUCAUCAUCCUGCUGAACUUCAUCCUCCUCCUCCUCCUCCUUUUUGUACAGAACGAGCUCGAGGAGUUUCAGUGUGUGUGUGUGUGUGUGUGUGUGUGUGUGUGUUUCCGUGGUGCCUUCACUGUCUGUCAGAUCUCAGCGUGUGUCUCCGUCUCUGCUGCCCUCCUGCAGAGAAGAAGGGAAUAAAACGCUUCUUCGUCACCAAACAGCCGCCACGUUCAGAUCACAAAAAAAAAGAGAGAAAAAAGAAAGAAACCAGGCGGAAACAUAGCGAGAGACGUUGGUGUCGCUGUCUUACCGCCUGCUGUUUCAGAGUCGGGUCAGGCCAGGUCGUGGAGACUCGAACCGUAAAACUUUUAGUUUCCCGCUCUGAAUAUUCAGGCUUCGUGUCUUUGAGGUGUCUUUAACAGCGUGCUGCCUUCAGGGGCAAUCAGAAAUCAGAGAUGCAUUAAAAAGGAAUGUUACCUUCAUAUCUUUAUUAUCUGAAACGUGUUUUCUCUUUCUCAGAAGUUUAAAAACAGUGUUUGGAAAUUUAAAGCUGCAUCAACAAUUAACACAAACCGACAUUUUUAACCUCCAUCUUUCUUUUUACUCCUCCUACCUCCUCAAAUUUGGUCUUCUCUUUUCUUGUCUUUUUUCUUCCUCCUUCCUCCCCCUCCUCCUCCACCUCUUUCUCCUCCUCCUCCUCCUCCAGUCUUUCAGCUCUCUCAGAGUUCAGCAGGUUAAGUCAGGGGUUUAAAGCUUGUUAGUGCAGAGCUUGUUUUAGGAUAGAUGGAUGCAGAUAAGGACACACACACACACACACACACAGACACUCACACACACACACACGCACACUCAGGAAAGGUUAGAGGAGAGGUCUAAUCCAGACAGAUCCUACUGGAUUUCCUGAAAUAAGUGUUUGUAAGUUUACAUAUAUAUAGUAGUGUGUGUGUGUGUGUGUGUGACUCGGGAAUCAGACAGAAGCAGAAUUCAAACAGGGAUGAAGACAAAACAAAUCAAAACAACAUUAACUGAUGAACUCUUUUAUAUUGAAUUCCACUUUUUUCUUCUCUUAUUGACUCCUGAAUCUCUCAGAGGUUCCUUUAACCCUGUGGAGUGUCCGGCAGCUCCAAAUAAUCCAGACUUGUUGCCUCCAUCAGACUAGAAAACAAAGCAGCGUGGAGCCCUACUGUAAAUUUACCUCUAAAGUUCUGGCUGUAAACUCCAUGAGGCCAGUUUCAGUUUGAUGAUGAUAUACCAAGUAAAACUGGAGACAAGCUCAAAUAGAUUUAGUAUCAAAUGAUAGAACUGGAUGGAACCCUCUUAUAUGGUAGAUUUGACACCUUUGGUCACAUUUGACACAUUUAAAAUUCUUUAUUGAGCAUGAUAGUGUUUUGAAAGUAAAAAAAAAAAAGAUUCAAAAUCACAAUUUAUGUUGGACUAAAGGACUAAAAAAGACACAAAAUGACAACAAAAGAGACACAAAAUUACUAAAAAAAGACACAAAAUUACUAAAAAAGACACAAAAUGACACAACAAAGACACAAAUUGACCAGACGAAACAAAAUGACUUACAAAGACACAAAAUGACUAAAAAAAAAGACACAAAAAGACACAAACUACUAACAAAAGACAAACAUUUCUAACAAACGACACAAAAUGAUAAAAAAAGACACAAAAAGACACAAAAGGACUAAAAAAGACACAAAAUGACUAAAAAAAUACACAAAAUGACCAAAAUUGUUGUGCUAAACACACAAGAGCCAAAUCAAAUAGAGUCCCACUAGAAUAAAAACCAGAGUUGAUGACAGGAUCACACACAAUCACAAGAUCACAUUUAUGUUGGUUUUUCUUUGUUUCUUUUUGGUUCUAAAUGUUGAUCCAGUAAGUCAGAAUAAAACAUCAAUUAUUAUCAGGUCAUAUAGGUGAAAAAAUAUACCAACAUGGUAUUUAAACAUGUUUUAAGUGGUGAAUACAGGCAGGAUGGAAGGAGUCAGACAUGGACUAAACAGCUCCGUAGAGUUAAAGUUCCUCCUGAAGUCUAAAGGUUGGUUAGUUUUCUUUGGGCCGCUCCAGAGUGGAAAAGUUGACUUGGUCCCGGUUGGUUCUCUCUGGGUUCUCACCAGCUCGUUACGAGUCGACCAGGACCUGUAAACACGAGUCACAGGGACUCAGAAGCUGCUGUUUGUUGGCGGAGCUGGCGGGUCAGCGAGGGUUUAACUCCAGCUCUGCUGACCUCAGCAUAUAUCACAGCAAUUAACCUUUAAAAAUCACUUAACAACACGUUAGACGGGUCCAAACCGUGACUCCACGACCCGGUUUGUUAUCCAGACACCAGGAACCGGCUCGCUAUCAGGUGUCCACUCUCUGUCUCCUCGUUCCCGUAAACCUUCUGAGACGUUUAGAUCACGUUGUUGCUCCUCGACGCCAACUUACUUCACACAUACUUCAUGAAAUCACUGACGGCUUCUGAGGAAGAAAAGCUGGUUUUUAAAGUGCAUUUUAACACUAAGAAAGGUCAGACGUGAACACAUGACUGCUGAGACGAGGUGAAUCAAGUGUUCCAUUAUCAUUUUAAAGAUAUUUAAUGACACUAAACUAAACGUAUGCUCACCUUCUGGGCUCUAUUCAGCUCCACGUUUGAUUGUAAUUUAAUUGAAAGUAAUUCUUGCAGGUAUUCAGCUGUUUUCAGGGAAUGGUUUAAUGGUUUUACCGGCGUUCAUAUCGUACUUGCGUCCCAUUGAAAACGUUCUCAUGUUCUCGGUCACAUACGUGACAUCGUCCAGUUGAUUUCACUCCAAACUCUGAUACAUUUUCUUACCUUAAACAAGCGGUUUUAUUGCCUAAACUUAAGUCGGUCCUCAUAACAAUUACCAACAAGUUUAAAACAGCCAACGUUUUUCUGUAGGAUACGAAACGCAUUGAUCGUAUUUGAUGUACGAUCCCAUUGGCACCAAAGACACACUGAGAUCUGAUCAUUCAGAACACAUUUGGAGGUUGAUAAAAAGGAAAAAAUAACUUUGUUGUUGUCCAAACCUUAACAGCCGGAUCCUGUGGCUGAUAAAUACACCAAAGCUGGUUGGCUGUGAGACACUAAAAUCAGUUUUAAACGAAGAAUUCAUGGGAAUUGUCUGUUACUUUCUGCUUUAAUUACAGUAUCAGUAUUAUUAGUGUUAGUACUUUAGGUAUUCAGCUGUUUUCAGGGAAUGGUUUAAUGGUUUUACCGGCGUUCGUGUCGUACUUGUGUCCCACUGAAAACGUUCUCAUGUUCGUAUUUGACAUAUGAUCCCAUUGGAAGGCACCAAAGACACACUGAGAUCUGAUCACUCAGAACAUAUUUGGAGGUUGUAUGAAAAGGAAAAAUAACUUUGUUGUUGUCCAAACCUGAACAUGAUGCAACCGGAUCCUGUGGCUGAUAAAUACACCAAAGCUGGUUGGUUGUGAGACACUAAAAUCUGUUUAGUAUUUGAGAGUAUUAGAGUAUUUGUGAGAAUUGUUUGCUUUGAUUUCAGUAUCAGUAUUAUUACAUAUUUAGCUGUUUUCAGGGAGUUUGACCUGUUUGUUCUGAGCUUCUUCUGACUGUUUACAUGAACAGAAAUUAUCUUGAAUUUGUGAGUGGAGAAUGAACCUUACCACAUUUUGUCUUCAGAUUCAAGGCGAAAAAAAAGCAGGUUUCUUCUUCUUCUUCAGAGGAUUUGAAAUGAAAAUGUUUCAGCUUGGUUUUAGACAUUUGCACGCUGCACUUAUAUGACUUAAAGCCAGCUGACUGAACACAGCAGAUAUCUGUUAUUAGAAGGUGGAAGAGAUAAUUUUAUUGACUUUAGUGUCCGGCUGUUUGUCUGGAUGAGACUGACUGUUUUUAUAAAAGUGUUUGACUUGUGUUAGUAUCUUAAAAUAUUGUUAUAUAUAUUUGAAAAAGAGCUUUAAAUGUCCUGCUGAUGUAAACCCAUGAGCCUCAAAAUGGGGAACCUUUAUUUUGACAAUCCUGAUGUUAUUCCUGUCAGUGAAUGCACCGUGCCUUUAGCCUUUAGCCUUUAGCUUUGCUGCCUCAGUGACACUAACUUGUGCCUCAGCAUGAAUUCAGACUACACAAAGAUCACUAACAACCAAAAUGCUGUAUUUAUUUUUUCUGUCUUCCAGUUGUCUUUUAUGAAGCUUGUUGUUGUCUCAGUAAACAUUCACCUGGAAAUUGGCUUUUUAUUUUACUUAUUUUCAUUUAUUUCUUUUUUUUAAAAGAAACUAUUAAGGGCAAAAUAAUUGAAUUUAAACAGCCACGUCUAGUUAAUUAUAAUUAUUUUCUGUCCUUUAUCUUUUUUUUUUUUUUAAUUUACAAAAAAAAAUUAAAUUAACUUUCAUGGCCAAAAUAACUGAAUUUUAACACCCAAGUCUGUAAUGUCAAAACAUUUUUUUUUCAUUGGCUAUUUUAUUUUACUUAUUUUAAUUUCUUUCUUUUUUUUUCAUUAUUUUCUUGUAUUUCUCAAAUUUUUUCUUCCAAUUUAAUUCAUUUCAUUUAAAAAAAAAAGGGCAAAAUACCUGCUAUGACAUCAUUGGUAAGGGUGUGGUCAUGUCACAAUAUUUUUUUUCAUUACAUUAUUUUAUUUUACUUUUUAAAUUUCAUUUUCUCUCCUUUUUCAUUUUGUAAAAUUCGUUUUUUUGUUUUCAUUUUUUAAAAAAAUGGACUUUUAAGGUAAAAAAAAAAUCCCUGCUAUGACAUCACUGAUAAGAGGUGUGGCCAAAAGUGAAACAUAUUUUAAUUUUUUCCACCAUUUUCUUUAUUUUAUUACUCUUAAAAAAAACACUUUGGGAAAUACAAUGAUUCGCUGUAUUUCAUUGAGUUAAAUAAAAGUUUUAUUCUCCUAAAUAUGAACUCCUGUCAGCAGCAGGUUAGCUAGCAGUAGCUUAGCAUAAAGACUGGAAACACUUUGACUGACCAAAGGUGGAAAAAAUGAAUGAAAAAUGUGGCGAGCAGCAGCUCUGAAGCUCAUCAAUCACUGAGGGAGACUCCAGGAAGUAACCGCACCCGGCCAGGAAAUAGUCCAAGACAUAAGCUGAUGUUUUCACACCUGGAGCGUUAAACGGGUUAAUGAAAUGAUAUAUAACGUGAUAAUUAUUAAGCUCCAGACGUGCUGCUUGGUGGCUUGUUUCUUUUCUAAACUCUGGAUAGGAAUAUAAAUAUUACUUUAGAGGCUGAAAGAAGUCCAAAAAAACUCCAAAAUGCUGUUUUAUAUGUGCAAAAAUGAAUAAAAGCAUAAAAACAGACAACCGUUCUGUUGCUAAAAGUGAAUUCUGAGACAACAACAACUGGAAACAGAAACUUUAUCUUCUAUUAUUAUUAUUAUUAUUAUUAUUAUUAUAAAAGCUGGUUAUGAUGAUAUUUUCAUGUAUUCUGGGAGAAACAGACUGAAUGUAUCCAACACAUGACUUCAUAUCUACAUAAAGCAAUAUUCUGUCAAUAUUAUCAAUAAAGCUGCAUUUCUCAUC